GUCGCUAUUGAAGGCUGCUGCCAUGGCGAGCUCGACAAUAUUUACGCGACUAUUGAUCAAGCAGUCAAAGAAACAGGUUCAGAACCACCUGAUGUCUUAAUCUGUUGUGGAGAUUUUCAAGCUUUUCGAAAUCGUUCAGACUUAAACACCUUUGCGGCUCCUGUUAAAUAUCGACAAAUGGGAGACUUUUGGAAAUAUUAUAAAGGUGAAAAGGUUGCACCUAUCUUAACUGUGUUUGUAGGCGGUAAUCACGAAGCUUCAGGUUACCUCUGGGAACUCUUUCAUGGUGGAUGGGCUGCUCCUAAUAUUUAUUUCUUGGGCGUGGCUGGAUCGGUGAUUCUAAAGAAAACACUUCCAGAUGGAAAGGUUCAUAAGAUUCGAAUCAGCGGUGCAAGUGGCAUCUACAAGCGACAUGAUUACCGGACAGGCUAUCAUGAGCGCCUUCCGUACGACAAUAGUACUAUGAGGUCGAUCUACCACAUCCGACAUUAUGCUUCAUUUCGUCUUUCAAGACUGCCUAUCAGCCCAUGUGACAUUUUCGUGUCACAUGAUUGGCCAGUCGGGAUUGAGCAAUAUGGAAACACCGCUCAGCUGAUUCGAGCGAAGCCUUUCUUUCGUGAUGAGAUUGCUUCCAAUACCCUUGGAUCUCCGCCGUUAAUGGAGAUUCUUCAAACAAUUAAGCCCAGCUAUUGGUUUUCAGCUCAUCUACAUGUCAAGUUUGCGGCUCUAGUGCGACAUGGCCAGCAACCGGCUUCGCUAUCUCAAGCCCCCAAUAGCGGUAGGCAGCAUCACACCAAUCCGGACGAGCUAGAGAUUGAUGUAGAUGAUAGUGAUACCGAGGUAGUAGAUGGCGCUCUUGAAACAAAAACUCAGAUCCCUAUGACCCGUUUUCUUGCAUUGGACAAGUGCAUGCCACGAAAAGACUUCCUACAGAUUCUAGACAUUCCGUUAGACGAAACAAAUCUAGACAACUCGGCAGAAGUGACGAUGGCAAAUACAUCUGAAAUCCCAUCUGUGACAUUACACUUUGACCCACAUUGGCUAGCCAUUACUCGAGCAUUUCAUCCACAUCUUCCAUUAUCCAAAUACGUAGAUCAACCAUUAACGAUGGAUCCAUUGACAGCACAACAAAUGAUCGAUAAAGAAAUACAAUGGAUUGAUGAACACCUUAAAGGUUCUUCACUAGAAAUAAACGAUGUACAGCAGUUUACUCAGACUGCACCAGCCCUUGGAGAUCCAGGUGGGGAUGAUCCUGGACAACCCUUUUGGUAUACCAAUCCUCAAACUGUUGCAUUUGCCGAAUUCUUACAAAUUGAGAAUAAGAUCAACCCACAACCAGUAGUAAUGAAUGAAGAUAAAUGA